AUGGAACAGUUCGGCCUCUCAGCAGCGCACUCGGGCGCGAUAAACCACAUCCACGCCAUUCACUUCGGGCCCGCUGCCGUGGACAUCGUCAGGGAGAUUCGGUUGGCUGUUACUGUUGUCGUCAUCGGAUGGGUUGCUGUCACGGGGGUCAGGACGAUUUUCAAUCGGGACAGGCGAUAA